AUGGCGCACUUAGACAUAAAUCCUGUUAUGCUACAAUUCAGGCCCAAGGUACUCCGUACUCCGCGCAAACGUGUGUAUCAGCAAAAGCUGUGUCAGAGUUUAGUUAUGCGAGCCGUUCUGUACUGUGGCUGUGAUGCCACAUCUACCGUUAGGAAUCAGGGGAACGAUCGACUGGUUCAUCUGCAUGUGGAUGAUGAUGAUCUUGCUGCGAUGUCAGGCAAGGCCGGGAUACUCUCGUCCCCACGGGCUAAUCCCGCCAGCCACCUCGCAUUCCUCGGCUACCAAAAAGCCUGUGAAGGCCUUCUUUACACCUUAAUUAAAGUAACAGUUGCUUGA